AUGAAGCGGCAGUCUUUUCAAGACGGUUCGUCUCGUUCCAAGGGUUCCCGGGAUACGAUGGCAUCUGAUAGUGAUGCCGAGGACACUUACAAUUCUUCCAAAAGCUUCAAUCCUCGUCAUAGGAAAGCUCUAUUGCGGCGUCCCUCACCCGACAAGCGCCGAGCAUACAUCGAGGAACUUGAUCAAAACUACCGUGGUCCCAAGAAAAAAUCCGGACAGUUGGCCUCUGCCUCAAACUUUCCUGCCAGCACAAGAACUACAAAUGUUGUCAGGCUAAAAUCCGUCAUAUUCUUACAGGCUAUCGUCCGCUUCCUGUUCAUAUUCACCGUUAAUCAUCCAAGUGUUCGUUGUGUGAUGCGGACGCGCAAACUCAUGGACAAGAAUCCUGCAUUCAGUGCAGCGCUGGCAAGACAACUUGAUCGUAACACUCUCUCCUCCCUAUCAUCGACAUCAAUUAAUCGAGUGGAUCCUGUGUUUGCAGCGGCUGCCGCCGCCGCUGUGAUGAACGCUGGUCUUAUCCCUCCCACGUCCUCUGAUUUCGGUUCCGGGUCGCUUGGCACAAAUUCUGGAAACAACAACCAAGCUGCGGCAGUAGCCGCUGUUGCAGCUGCAGCAAUGAAUGCCGCAGCGAUGGCAGCUGCUUUGGGCGUCGGCAAUAUGGGUAUCAACAACCGUUCGCUAGCCCACGCGAACAGGGCGUUUGGGGCAAACCAACAGAGCACUUUACGUAACGCAUUGCCGUCCUCUGGUCGCUCUGCUCGCACCACUUCUAGUUCCCGAUAUGCGAGUACUCCUGGUAGCAGCAAUAACGCUAACAACGCGCAUAACAGUAACAAUAGCCGAUCUCGUACGAACCAGGGGCACUACAGAAGGGAAAGAGAUUUCGGCAACGCUUCCAAUGUCCGAUUUCCGCAUCACUUAGACCACCGUGAUCCUGAGGAUGAUCCCAGUGCAACACGUACUUUGUUCGUUGGAAAUUUGAUGCCCGAAAUCACCGAAGCAGAUUUGCGAAGCCUCUUCGAACGUUAUGGUUUUAUUGAAGAUAUUGACAUUAAACGUCGUGAACCGGAGUCAGGAGUGAAUGCAUACGCGUUUAUUCGGUUCGUAAAUCUGGAUAUGGCACAUCGAGCCAAGGUCGACAUGUCGGGAGAACUAAUAGGCCAGUUCACCUGUAAGAUCGGUUACGGAAAAGUAGUCCCCACCCGCUGUUUGUGGAUUGGCGGACUCGGUCCGUGGAUAACUUAUCCUGCGUUUGCCACCCUUCUGGAUGAGUUCGGUCCACCGGAACGAAUUAUAUGGCCUUCGGGAAAAAACUAUGCUAAUGUCUUGUUCCCCAAUGUGGAACUGGCGACGAUUGCUGCGAAUGCACUUCGGGGUUACCCCUUAGGCGGAGAUAAUCAUCGUAUCCGCGUGGACUUCACCGACGAGUCGCACAUCGUCAACGAUCCAUUAUUAUCGCGUCGACGGCCUGCUGCAUCUGCCAACAGUUUUGAUCAUUCCAGUCGCAAAGAUUCGUACACAUCUCGUGCGAAUCGUGAUUCAAGUUACGCUGAUGAUGAAAAGCAAUCUUCAUUCACCAAUCAACCUGCUCGCCGUCUAAAGCGUGAUCGUCGGACCAGCGAUAGUGAGAGUCACAGCUACAGUCGUAAUACCAGAGGCUCGUCGCCGGNNNNGAGAUCUGAUUCAGCCCGGAAAUCAUACCGUUCUGUCCGCGAUCAGCCAACACCCAAAAAGAAAUACCGUGGUACUCCAUCUGAUGGUGAGAUGACGGAUACACCUGACACUCCUGUCAUGUCCAGGGUACCCAGUGUUCCAAAGUCAAACGCCAAAGAACCAACACUGCCUACUAAUGUUCAACUAAGCCCUCAAACCGCGGUGAAUGUAGAACAGCUAGCUUCUUGCUUACCAACGGCUUGGGAUGGUGCUUUCUUCCUUAAAUCAAGCUGUUUUCCCUGUCGCAUGCAUAUCCUACGCGGUGACCAAAGUUUGGUAGAUCAGUUCAUGUCAUGUCGCACUGACUUUCAGGACUCGCGAUCCGUGCGCAGUAAAAUGGAGAAAGACGAUUCAUCUAGACGGGCUAAGGGGCACACAGAAGACACCACUGCGGAACAGGUAGUGUGUUUGCGCAUUACACAACGCAUGAAGCUAGACCCCAUGAAGUUGGAGGAUGUCAGCCAACGAAUCCAAACAGCGGGCAACUCUGGAUUUUGUGUCCUUCUGGCUGUUCCGUCCCCCACAAAUGUAUCCUCGGCCUCCUGUUCCGGGCCUAGUACGGACCUGAACGAUCUGAUAAAACAACCACAACGACCACUGCGUAAUCUGAUAGCUUAUUUACGGACUAAGGAUUCAGCCGGCGUAGUGCUUUUGAAUCCCUUAAACCCAACCCAAUCCUCGUCUAACAGUUCGGAUAAUCUUCCUGUCACAGGUGUAUUGCAUGCUUUUCCACCUUGCGAUUUUGCGUUUGACUUGUUAAAAGAGCGUGCUGUGCAUUUACAAAAAGAAUAUACAAAAGACGAUCAUCUUGUGAUUCUCUUGAUUCGCAGCACAGGUAGUUUGUGA